ACUGACGGCUUCCAGGAGCAGGUGUUUGCUGGUGGUGGUGGUGAUGAGGAUGGUGGUCAAGGCAAACAGAACGGGGACCAGGAAGAAGAAAGUAGUGACAUGCAUGUGAGAAGAAGGGGAGGGGGGGAGGGGGAAGAACGGGGAGAAGAAAGUAAGAAGUUGGUGGGGGGGGGAGGAGGAGGAAGGAAGAAGAAGAAGCAGAAGAAGAAGAUGCUGAUGAAGAACAAGAAGAGGAAGGAAAAAGAAAAACGAAGUAAUCGAGGAGCAAGAAAAAGAUAGAAUACUGCACCUCUAAAAAGAGGGCGAAGGAAAGAUUGAGGGAAAAGGAAA